UGAUCGCUUUGGGGCAGAGCACAUGGUGCUUAUUUCUGAUUAUUUUAUCAAUUAAAUUAUUGUUUGUUAGGUAGACCAGACUAAACAAGAAUGUCUAGCCAUGUUGUUGAUUUACGUUCGGACACUGUCAGCCAACCGACUCCCGAAAUGCGAGCUCGCAUGGCCUCGGCUGUGAUUGGUGAUGAUGUUUAUGGGGAGGAUCCGACAGUGAAUGAGCUGGAGUCCAGGACAGCGGCCAUUUUUGGCAAGGAAGCUGGCCUAUUUGUGGCCAGUGGCACCAUGGGAAAUCUGCUGGCAAUUAUGGUUCAUUGCCAGCAACGCGGCACGGAGGCUAUAGUGGGCGAUUUAUCGCACAUCUUUCUGUAUGAGCAAGGCGGUGCCGCUCAGUUGGCUGGUGUGCAAUUAGCCGCGAUUAAGAACGAGCGAGAUGGCACCUUUAGUCUCUCGGAAUUGCGCCGCAAGAUACGACACAAUGAUAUCCAUGAGCCAAUCACCUCUAUGGUUGUGGUUGAGAACACCCACAAUAUUUGCGGUGGCAAGGUAAUUCCACUGGCCUAUCUGGAUGAACUUGCCUCGAUAGUGCGACAGCCGGGCUUGGGAUGUCCCCGGGUGCGCAUAGCUCUGCAUAUGGAUGGUGCCAGAGUGUUUAAUGCAGCCGCCGCCUUGGGCGUGAGUGUGGAGCGCAUUUGUCGGGAUUUCGAUUCGGUGUCUAUUUGCCUGAGCAAGAGCUUAUCGGCGCCAGUAGGCUCCGUGCUGGUAGGCUCAGCGGCCUUCAUUUCAGAAGCUCGACGUCUGCGUAAAGCUGUGGGCGGAGGCAUGCGUCAAGUGGGCAUUUUAGCUGCUGCUGGAUUAGUAGCUUUAGAACAAGUAGUUCCACUACUUGGCAAAGAUCAUGAGCGCACCAAGCGCAUUGCUGAGGCCAUUGAUAGUUUAAACAGUCCCAAUAUCGGUGUAACUCUUCCAAGUGUUCAAAGUAAUAUACUUUUGGUAGAAAUCAAACAGCCAAAGAUUUUACCUACUGCAUUGGCCGAACGUUUGGCUACCGUUGAGCCUGAAGAGCUGACAGCUGGAGUCACCGACAAAGAUGGCUUGGGCAUUGUUGUUAAAGCCUGUGCCCGUGAUUGGCCCUUUGCCAGAUUGGUGCUCUAUCAUCAGGUGAACGACGAACAGGUGGAACUGGUCAUCAAGAAACUGACAUACAUUAUCAAGCAAUAUGAUGCCCGUUUUUGUUAAAUGGCAAAAGAUAUUGCUUUGAUUCUUUCAAUAAAUAAAAACAAAAUAAAGAGAAACAAACAA